AAUGUUGACCCCUCGCCGUCGGCUUCACAUGAGAAAUCACUUUUCUCUUGUAUCUUCUCUAAAAUACAAACCAUCGUUCUACAACCUCACCACCACUACGCAUCCUCUCUCGCCGCCGCUAGCAGCGGAUGAUGCCGCCGGCCUUUCCGAUCUCAUUCUAAAAUUAGACCCACAAACCCUACCCCAAAAUAUAAAAACCAGCUCAGUCCGCUGGACAUCGGAGCUGGUGAACAAAAUCCUAAAACGGCUGUGGAACCAUGGCCCCAAAGCCCUCCAAUUUUUCAAGCUCCUGGAACACCAUCCGACCUACACCCACUCUGCCGCCUCAUUUGACCACGCCAUCGACAUCGCCGCCCGAUUACGAGACUAUAAGGCCGUCUGGAUGCUUGUUGCCCGUAUGCGGAAACGAAGGCUUGGCCCGAACCCGAGAACAUUCGCGAUCAUAACCGAACGGUACGUAUCCGCUGGAAAAUCCGACAAAGCUGUUAGAGUUUUCUUGUCGAUGCACGAACAUGGCUGCCAACAAGAUUUGAAUAGCUUCAAUACGUUUCUUGAUGUGUUAUGCAAGUCUAAACGAGUUGAAAUGGCUUAUAACUUGUUUAAGGUUUUAAAGAGAAGAUUUAGAGCUGAUACAAUUAGUUAUAACAUAAUCGCAAAUGGUUUUUGUAUAAUUAAGCGAACACCUAGGGCCUUGGAGGUGUUUAGGGAGAUGGUGGAGAGCGGUCUGGAGCCAACUAUCAAAACGUAUAAUGUUAUUCUUAAUGGUUAUUUCAAGGUGGGUCAGAUAAAAGAGGCUUGGCAGUUCUUCUUGGAGAUGAAAAGGCGAAAAUGUGAGAUGGAUGUUGUUACCUACACGACGGUGGUUCAUGGAUUUGGGGUUGCAGGCGAGAUUCAAAAGGCAUGCCAGGUAUUCGAUGAAAUGAUUGGAGCAGGGAUACUUCCUUCUGUGGCCACUUACAAUGCAUUUAUUCAAGUUCUAUGCAAAAAAGACAAUGUGGAAAAUGCUAUUGUGGUGUUCGAGGAGAUGUUGAAGAAGGGUUAUACGCCUAAUUCAACUACUUACAACGUAGUGAUCAGAGGGUUGUGUCAUGUUGGAAAGAUGGAUAAGGCAAUGGAGUAUUUGGACAGUAUGAAACACAACGAAUGUGAACCGAAUGUUCAAACUUACAAUGUGAUCAUUAGGUAUUAUUGUGAUGAAGGUGAAAUUGAGAAGAGCUUGAAAGUUUUUGAGAGAAUGGGUACCGGAGAAUGUUUGCCCAAUUUAGAUUCAUACAAUAUUUUGAUCAGUGCAAUGUUUGUGAGGAAGAGAUCAGAUGAUCUAAUGGUGGCAGGGAAUCUGUUGAUAGAAAUGGUGGAUAGAGGAUUUAUUCCUCGGAAGUUUACCUUCAAUCGAAUCUUGAAUGGCCUUCUGCUUACGGGAAAUCAAGAAUUUGCGAAAGAAAUACUUAGAGCACAGAGCAGAUGUGGCCGUCUACCUCGUCAUUUCAGAUUAUGAUGAAUACUGACCCCUGUGAAGUGUGGAAAACAAAGAACGAGAUAUAAGAGUACUUAUAUGUUCUAGUAAUUUUUGUUACCACCAUAUAUGGGCAGAAAAUUUAAAGUGAAAUGGAUAUAAUGGGAUGCUUAUUGCUCCCAACUGUUUUACUGUAUGUAGUCCAUUCCACGGGCUGAAUCAGGCUACAGUUCCAACACAAAAGUACCAGAAUGUUAAGAAGCAGAUUGAAAGGGUGUUGCUGUUGCAUUUCCACAUGUUUGUCUGGGAACAACACAAUAUGUCAGUGAUGAGAGAACAUUGGAAGAAGGUUAUAUUUGAAAAUGUAGAGCAGCUGAUGCUAUUGCAGCUGCAAAUACUGCUUUUGAAGUUGCUUUAAGCCUAGUGAAUCCCGGAAAGAAGGUGAUCUAAUUGAGAUGUUUUCUCUUGUCUAUAUUUUUUUGAAGUAU